AUGGGGAAGCCAGGGCAACGGAGGGAGGGAGGAAAGGAGGGAGAGGAGGGCUGCCUGAGCCGGGAGCCUGCAGUCACAAAGGCCGUCGCUAGGAGACGCUCUUUGCACACACUGACACGGGGAGAGUCUGGUCAGAAGGGUUUGGUGACAGGAGGGAGGAGGGAGGCGGGCGGCUUGCUCAGGCUCAGGGCGCUCGCAAAGAGCGAUUUUCGAGAAACAUCUAGCAGCUAUACCACUCAUAACAUCAGUCCUUCCCCUCCAGGCCCAACCCAUAACAUCAGUAUAAAAGGACAGGGAAGAGGCGAUCUCUGGGGUUUGAGUGGCCCCCUGGCAGUACAGGAGUCCCAGGCCCAGGGCUCCUGGCAUAAAGAACAAGCUCUCUGUUGCGUGAUUAAGACCGCUGCAAUUGGAGCAAUAGUAGGCCAAAGAGGAAAUAAAAUCAUGGAAUCACAAGAGUCAUUGUAUUCUAAAAUACAGGCCAGCAGAGAAGAACCUGAGGCAGAGGUGAAGAUACAUGGCAACAAAGAGAACCAGAAAUUGGCUAAGUCAAUAAUAGAGGGAGUAGUCACAAAAGCAGAGAGAUAUUCUAAAGAGGGAGCGAAAGGAAGCAGCACUUUGAAAACAUCUUAUACUGAAAAGGGCACAGAGAGGAAGGUACCUAUGACUGACUGGGAUGCAGUUAGAGUCACCUAGUAUAUACAAAGCAAGUGGGAAGGCCUUCCUCCGAUUAAGAAAAACUUCUAUGUAGAAUCUGCAAGGACCAAAUCAAUGUCAGAGGCAGAAGUACAUAAGUGGCGAAAAGAAAAUAAUAUAAUGUGUGAAGACUUGAAAAAAAAUGAAAAACGAGCUAUUCCACACCCCAUUUGCAAAUUUGAAGAUGUAUUUGAUCAUUAUCCUGAAGUUAGGGACAGUGUGAAGAAAGCAGGUUUUAGCAGACCUACCCCAAUUCAGUCUCAGGCAUGGCCAAUAAUAUUAAAAGGAAUUGACCUAAUCGGCAUUGCCCAGACAGGCACUGGGAAAACAUUAGUAUAUCUGAUACCAGGCUUUAUUCACCUUGAUCUCCAACCAGUAGCCAGGGAGAAAAGGAGUGGUCCUGGUAUGUUGGUGCUCACACCAACCAGAGAAUUGGCUAUCCAAAUUGAAAGUGAAUGUAAGAAAUACACAUAUGGAGACACUAAAAGCAUUUGUAUAUAUGGUGGUAGAGAGAGAAGAGAUCAAAUUGAGCAUGUUACCAAAGGUGUAGAUAUUGUCAUUGCCACCCCUGGCACACUCAGUGAUCUUCAGAUGAAUGAUUUCAUCAGACUUAACAGCAUAACAUAUCUGCUUCUAGACGAGGCUGAUAAAAUGCUGGACGUGGGAAUUGAGUCUCAAAUAAUGAAAAUUUUAUCGGAUAUACGGCCAGACAGACAAACAGUAAUGACCAGUGCAACUUGGCCUGAUGCUGUUCGUCGUCUUUCACAAAAAUAUCUGAAAGAUCCAAUGAUUGUUUACAUUGGCACCUUGCAUUUAGCUGUAGUAAAUACUAUAAAACAAAAAAUAAUCAUAACUACGGAACAAGAAAAACGAGUUUUAAUACAUUGGUUCAUUGAUUCGAUGAAGCCUGAAGAUAAAGUAAUUAUUUUUGUAGGCAGAAAACUUAUUGCUGAUGAUAUAUCCAGUGACCUGAGCAUCAAGGGUAUACCUGUGCAGUCACUACAUGGUAAGAGAGAACAGAGUGACCGGGAACAAGCAUUGGAUGAAUUUAAAGAAGGAGUAGUGAAAAUAUUAAUAACAACAGAUAUAGCAUCGCGAGGUCUUGAUGUUCUAGAUGUCACCCAUGUUUUUAACUUUAAUUUUCCUCAGAACAUUGAAGAAUAUGUCCACAGGAUAGGACGUACGGGACGAGCUGGACAAUUGGGAGAAGCGAUCACCUUCUUCACUAAAAACGAUUGGAAAAUUGCUGAGGAGUUAAUUAACAUUUUGCAGCGGGCCAACCAAGAAGUCCCCCAAGAGCUUGCAUCAAUGGCUGUGCAAUAUAGGCAGCAUAAACGUAGAAAGAGGGAGGAAAAAAAAGGGGAAAAUCGAGACGGAUUCCUCGAUUCUUCAGCGAGCGUCGCAGGUGCACGGACCUGGCCUCCAGGUGGGAUUCGUGGAGGUAAGGAGGCCUGGUUCCGGUCGGACAUGCCGGUCGUCGGCCUUGAUACUUCAUCAUCCUUGCUGUCCGCCCAGCGCAGCAAGCCCUGCUGCUACGAGUCAGCGGUGCAUUGUAGCCCAAACCUGGCGCCUCUUUUGCUGCUUCGCGCGCGCGCGCUUUCCCUCUCGGUCCCCUACCCUGCAGCGAAGAGUGACGUAAUGCGGCCCGGGCUCGUCAACGGCGCGGGGAAGGAGGCCGCGGCGGCGCGCACUCCGGGCCCAGGGUAG